GUAAAGACGUCACGCGCUUUCUUCCUGUUUCUUCCGCCACUUCAUCAACAGCAGUAUUUAAACUUGGUCGCUACCUCCACAUCGAUACGCUGUGCCUCCACGAAACCGAUGAUGGCAGCCACUUCGGUGUUCCAGAGAGUCAGGACAGGAUCAAAGAUCGGAGCGCAGUAUGAUCAAGAAGGCAACCUGAUCCAGGUCGAGACACGAGAGGACGAGGAGCAGAAUGUCAAGCUCACAGAGAUUCUUGAACUUCUGCUCGCAGCAGGUUACUUUAGAGCCCGCAUUAAAGGUUUGUCUCCAUUUGACAAGGUGGUUGGAGGGAUGACCUGGUGCAUCACAACAUGCAACUUUGACAUCGACGUUGACCUGCUCUUCCAGGAAAACUCAACCAUUGGCCAGAAAAUAGCCCUCACAGAAAAGAUUGUGUCUGUGAUGCCUAAAAUGAAGUGCCCAUAUCGCUUGGAGCCCCAUCAGAUCCAGGGCUUGGAUUUCAUCCACAUCUUCCCAGUCGUGCAAUGGCUGGUGAAACGUGCCAUCGAGACCCGCGAGGAGAUGGGGGACUACGUGCGGGCGUACUCCGUCUCCCAGUUCCAGAAAUCCCACAGCCUCCCCCAGGACGAGGCCUUCCGGCAGCGGAAGCCCAAAGCCGUCAAAACAGUCCAGGAUGUGUCGGACGUGUACAAACCGCAGAGGCGGUACAAGAGGCAGCCGGUGACCGGAGAGCUGCUGGACGAGGAGUCCCAGGUACACUCCACCUUGUUGGAGUAUGGCCGUCGCUAUGGCUACAGCAAGCAAGCGCAGAACAAACAGGGCAAGGCGGCCGAGGGGGAUGCUACCGAUGGAGCCGCGGUCAAGUCCACACAGGCGGAGCUGACUGAGGAGGAGGACUUGCGGGUCGUGGAGGAGACGCGGAUCCGAGCCUUGAUGACCAGCAUGGCCUCCAUGACGACCGAGCAGGGGAGGCUGACGGCGAGCGCGGUGGGUCAGAUCGUGGGCCUGAAGUCGGAGGAGAUAAAGCAGAUCGCCGGCGAAUACGCUGAGAAAGCCGAGCGGCUGACCGGCGAAGACCAGUCGCCGAAGUACGGGUCGGCGCAACAGCACCGCCGGACGGUGGCCUCGCUCAACAAGCAGAUCCAGCUGAGGGCCAAGGAGCUGGAGGAGAUGCAGGCACGCCGCUCGGAGGUCCAGGGAGAAUGUAAGGAAGCCAAAGGUCGGUUUUCGGAGGUGUCGAGGGGCACGGCCGAACUGCAGGCAGCGCUGAGCAAACUCGACGACCUGGAGGCGAACGCCGAUCCGGGCCUGCUGGAAAGCCUCCGUGAGCUGGUGGCCACGAACGAAGCGCUGAAGACCCAGGAGCAAGAGUUCCGCGCGCACUGCCGCCAGGAGAUGGCCCAGCUGCAGCAGAAGAUCGAGGACCUGAAGCAGGAGUCGGGCAGCGACACGGACAACGAGCGCGAACAGCGACGCCUCGUGGAGAUGCAGCACAAGGCGGACAAGGAGAAGCUGCAAAAGAUCCGUCUACUGAUGGCCCGGCGGAGCCGUGAGAUCACAGUCCUCCAGCGCAAGAUGGACGAGAUCCCGAGCCGCGCCGAGCUGACCCAGUACCAGAAGAGGUUCGUCGAGCUCUACAGCCAAGUGUCGGCGACGCACAAGGAAACCAAGCAGUUCUUCACACUCUACAACACCCUCGACGACAAGAAGGUCUACCUGGAGAAGGAGGUGAACCUGCUCAACUCCAUCCACGACAACUUCCAGCAGGCCAUGGCCUCGGCCGGCGCCCGCGAGCAGUUCCUCAGGCAGAUGGAGCAGAUUGUGGAAGGCAUCAAGCAGAGCCGCAUCAAGAACGAGAAGAAGAAACAGGAGAACAAGAUGAGGAGGGACCAGCUCAACGACGAGUACCUGGAACUUCUAGACAAGCAGAGGCUCUACUUCAAAACCGUCAAGGACUUCAAAGAGGAGUGUCGCAAAAACGAAAUGCUCCUCUCUAAGUUCAGAACCAAAGGAGCGUCUUGACGGGAGUCUCCAAGUGAUGUGCUGAUAUGCAGACACUUGAUGAGGACUUGAUGUGUUGCUUGCUUAUUUCAUAUUUUACAACUAACAAAUCAUCUAUAUAUAUAGUAUAUCAUCUAGAGUUCAUGUGUCAUUGUAGACUUGCAAGGUGACAUCCAAAUGCAUGUCCAUUGACUAGAUUCCAUCGACUCCAAGUACAAUCACCCACAAAGGCGAACUCUUAUCUGUGGCACAGAAUGUUGUUUUCUUAAAUUUACAUAUAGUGGCUUACAAGACGAUACAUACAAAUACAUAAAAGGCCUGAUUUUUUUGUUACCUGUUAGGUAAAUUCUUAAAAUGAUCCCAUUAUCAUCAUAAUAAUAAUAAAUAAAAAAAAAUCAUUACAUUA